AUGGCUGUGAGCACAGCUGGGACUUUCUUCGACUUGGAUGCCUCUGGGAACGAAGAAUUUCCUUGUAAACCUCUUCGAAGUUCGGCUUUGAAGGAAAUAAAUGCCGUUGCAAGCUUCUUCGGUAAUCAUUUUUUUCGGGGCAGGCAACAGUUGACCAAAUGUGGCAGUCUAGGAAUCGGAGUAAUCGACUUUGCCGAUAUGGAAGAAGAAUGUAGGGAGAAUGAGAUACCUUCACACAAGAAUGAGGCGGUUCGGUUCACGAAAACAUUCAGAUCCCCUCGCUCUGUGCUUCAAAAGAAAGUUCCAGUCAACUCUUCCCAGCGUUUACAAAUGGACCUCAUUCUCUUAGAUGAAUGUCCAUCCCGGGAAGAUCUGCGCAAAUGUGCAUGGAAAGGAUGCGGACCGCAAAAUCGUGCUCAAGUGUGGCGAAUGCUUCUCGGACACGAGCCGUUGAAAUUUAGCGCAAGACGUCCUGCGUUAGAGGUCAAAAGAAAACGUUACCGAGAGUACGUUGAUUUAUUAUAUCCGGAGAACGACUUACCAGACACAGACAAGACGAUAAGACAGGUUGAAAUGGACUUGCCGAGAACGCAUCCUCAUAUUCCCAUUUUUCAUGUGCCCGAAGUCCGGGAGCCGAUGAAGCGAAUCCUGUAUUUGUAUGGCAUAUUGAAUCCGAAGCGUACCUAUGUGCAAGGCAUGAAUGAAAUACUCACACCGGUAAUCGUUGUCUUUCUCAGCAGUUACCUGAAAGAAGUGGGUGAAAAGGGUGUGGAGAGUUUUUUAAACCGUGGGGGCAUCGGGAAAUCGCUGACGGACGAAGAACUAAGGCAUGCAGAAGCGGACGCAUUCUGGACAUUCUCGCUCCUCGUCUCAAGCAUCAAGGACAACUUUACCGCGGAGCAAAGCGGAAUCUUGCGACGUGUGCAACGUUUGGAAACUAUCGUACGGGAAGUGGACCCUUUACUUGCCGCACACUUAGAACGUAACGGAAACGAGUAUAUUCAGUUUGCAUGUCGAUGGAUGAACUGUCUGCUUAUGCGAGAACUCCCAUUCCCACUGGUGGUGAAGCUGUGGGAUGCACUUCUAGGCGAGGAGGACGGGAUGGCGGAUCUGCAUGUUUACUUUUGUGCCGCGUUGAUGAUCCGAUUUAGGGCGGAGCUCUUAAGUAAGGGGUUCGAGGACUGCAUUAUGUUUUUACAGCACUUGCCAACGCAAGGUUGGAAGACAAGGGAGGUGGACUUUCUGCUUAGCCAGGCCUUCGUGUGGAAGGAGGAUCUCAAGUUGGAGAGCUUGUUUGCCUGCCAAGUAUACUGUAAGCUUCAUAUUGACCAUUCUUGUUUAAGUUGGGACAUUUGCGCUGUAAAUUAUCGGCAAUCCCCCUGCUCCGUUCUUUUCCUCAACACAUUUCGCAUCGCACCCUCACGACAACAACCGCGCUCUUCCGCGCCCGCCCCCUUCUUUCAUUCGCGUCCCUGUCCCAUCGAACGAAUCCCUGCUAUCAAGUCCCCGCGCCUGCAAAUCCAUCCCAGAGUCAUGAUCGCUUCCUCUGCGGCGCGCAUUGCAGCUCGCCAGCUUGCCCGCCCCGUAUCGAGGUCUCUUCAUUCAACCACUUCCGCUCGUGGCGCUCACGGAAACGAUUACGAAUACCUCCAUGCCAAGUACAUGUACAACCUGCGCAACAAGCCUGCGUCCAAGCUCAAAGCCGGCUCAUUGAUUAGUACGUACUUCUCGCGCCUCCGUCUCAAUAUGCAGAAACUAGGGGUUUCCUCCCAUUUUCAAAGGCUUCGUCAUACAAAGUUCUGCCAACCAUGCUGA